AUGGCUGUGGGGUUAUUCUGCGGAGAGUUCAUAAGGAGGUUCUCCACGGACCCACCCAAUGACUCAACCCCUCAUGGCUACCUCGCGGAGCUGUUUCACAUGUACAAUCUUUUUUAUUUUGCUAGCAAGAAGAUAGGCAACCUUUACACUCCAGAGGCGUUAUUAGCCCAUAAUAUUUUCGACCCAUCCAUGAUUGCGUCGGUGCUGCAUUCAUGUGGAGCGAUUGACAACCUCCAAAACGGGGUCUGCAAGCAUCGACUCUGGAAUCUCGCCGCUUCCCUGCCACAAGGGAUUAUAGAAAUCGUCCAUAUAUCCAGGAUGCUUGAACACUGCGAUUUAUCAAGGUAUCAUUUAGAUAAGCAUGGAGCCUGCAACGCCCAGGUCUGUUUAUUGAAUGAGGAGAAUACUACGGACAUACCCCAACGACAUGAAUGCGAAUCUAAACUUUGUGGCAGUGUCAUUUUUGAUCCAGCAAAUCUCGAUAGUAUGAGUAUUAGCGAGCUCGCUGAGACCAGUGCGACGGCUUGGACACUGGAAGCAAAUCCCAAACCCCGGGCGGAAGAUUAUUUAGCAAUCUCUCACGUUUGGGCAAAUGGGACGGGUGUAGGAGAGCACCCAGGUAGGAUCAAUAAAUGCCUCUUUCUCUUAUUCAAGGAAUUCGCCGAGAAACUUGAUUGUAAAGGUAUAUGGUGGGAUACAAUCAGCCUCCCAUCUAACAAAAAUAAAAAGAUAAAAAGUCUUCAAAUUAUGCAUCAAAAUUACAAACGAGCCAAACAUACUGUUGUUUACGACCUUGAACUGGCGGACUUCUUAUGGUCUGAUGACGGUCGCCCGUGCUUGGCACUAGUAUUGUCAUCUUGGUUUAGCCGUGGUUGGACCGCGCUUGAGCUUAGAUCAUCCAGGUCCGUGAAGGUUGUAUUUAAGGACCAAUCCGGAUCCGGACUGGUAUUAAAGGAUCUAGACACCGAUAUCCUUGAGCCUUCGCGAUGCCAGUACGCCCAUCCGGCUUGGGAAUCAAGUGCGGCAUAUGUAGGCUGGCUGCGGUCUGGCCGAGGCGAAGACUAUCAAAAUACUGAGGACGACUUUCGAAAAUCGCACAAUGAUUUUGAAUUCUUUACGAGAAAUUAUGAAGGGGAUAUACCCACCCCCGAUAGUCUUCUGCGCAUUCUAAAACCGAGAUAUACAUGUUGGAACCGGGACCGAAUCAUCAUCGCAGCGCUCUUGACUGAAGAAACCCUUAGGAAUUCUGGUCAGCAACGGUUUACAACUGACUUGCAAAAAACGCAUGUUGAUCUAACCAAGGAUAUUCUUCACGGAUUCGGCAAGUUAAGCCCUCUCUCGUUAUUCCAUGACCAACUUCCCAUUUCUGAAAAUGGACCGUGGUCUUGGUGUCCGACCUCAUUGUUCAGCCUUGGGGACCAAGCAUAUUUUUGUGGCCACCGAAAAAUCACCCUUACUGUGUUGGGAGGCUACGUAUAUGGACGUUGGCAGGUGUCCGAACUACCAGACGCUGCCGAUGAGUUCAAGCCUCACGCAUCACAUAUUUACCAAAGAUCGCGUAUUAUGGCGGCCUUCGAGAAUCCUAGCAAAUUUUGUCUGCUAAACCCGUUAUUUCGAAGAUGCCAUUCUCGAAGUGUACGGUUUGUUCUCGCAAAAAAGACGCCAUAUUUAGACCAUGUGGCCAUAGACACGCCCCGGGAGCCUAGGGAGCCCCUUCACCAGGAAACCGAGUCGUAUGCGAUUUACCAGUAUGUAGGCACUGUGAUCGGCAAACUCCCGGUCGCCACCAAAUACGAUAUCAGCAACUGCCGAUUGUGA